CCGACUUCCACCCCAUCCACCCCGAUUCCUCCAUCAACUCGCAAAGAUGCCUGGUUUCCUCGGCCGCAAGUUCCCGGCGCCUGUCGCUAAGCCCAUGUGGCCCUUCUACGUCUCCGGCCUCGUCAUCCUCUACGGUGUGAACGCUGCUGCAGGCGCCAUGAUGACUGCCGAUGAGUACAAGGAGGACCCAAGGAACCCGCUCCGCAAGAACCCCGCCUCGGACAGCCAUUAAGCGAUACCCGACUAGUACAAACGUCAAUCGGCAGGAUGGUGGAAGCGAUGUACAAUAGCUGUGCCAUUGGGGAAGAAGCCCAGGGCUUGGAGGCAGGGACUGUAUAGAAUCUAUGGACAAAUGAAAAGCCACUCUUCCGAAAGACAGACCUGAGUCCGCUUCAUUCUGGCGCGAACUGCGACGGCCACCUUCUGGAUCCAUCAAACUGCUGUCUUAUUAGUGCAGGGCCCGAGAACGGCGCUCCCAGCUUCUCGACAUGUAUUGUCGAGUAUUAAAGAUCACGACGGGCGUUCAAAC